UUAACAUCAAGUGUCGUGUUCCGUUCUUCAAACACAUUUUCGACGCCCAGCAACACACACAUCAUGGCCAAACUAUGUCCAGGGGUUGCCCCCGUGAACUUUGCCAAGGCCAAGUCUGAUUACCCGGACCUCCGAUACGCCAUCGAGGCGGUGGAAUCCAAGCCGGUGGCGACGUGGUAUACCGAUCGGAGCCAGUAUCUUGCGGAAGCAAUAGCCACGUUGGCGGCAUGCGCGCCGCGGAACGGACGCCUGGACACGCUACCAACGUUCGUCGUGUACGGCCUACCCAAUAAGGAUUGCCACGGAACGUUUUCAGGCGACGGCGUGAACCAAAAUGCAGCGGAUUACAUGGCAUUCGUGUCGAAAUUGGCGUCGCUGGUUGGAACACAGGAUGCGUUGUACGUGCUGGAGCCGGACGCGAUGGGACUGCUCGCGGAAAGCCCCUCGGCGUGUGGAUGGGACAACAACUACCUGCCCAACAUGGCCAUGGCCGUGAAGUUGCUAACCCAAAACAACCCCGCCGCGAGACUGUACGUGGACGUGGGCUGGUGGACCUUCAAGGAAGACGCGCGCGUGACGUCGCUCGUGGCACUCAUGAAGAUCCUCGCCAAGGCCGGCGCCGUGCGCGGCAUCGUCCUCAACACGUCCAACUACCGGUCCAACGACGAAUUGCUCCAGUGGUGUAAAGUGUUCAUCGACGCCACCCCUGGCAUGAACUUCAAGUGCGUGUUCGACACAUCCCGCAACUACCACGGCGCGUCUCCAACAGGAGAAUGGUGCAAUGCCAACACGGCUGGCAUUGGGCUACCCCCCACCGACCAAACAGGGUCCGACUUGGUCGAGUACUUUUUGUGGCUGAAGACACCAGGACAGUCGGAUGGCGCGUGCAACGUCGGCGUGAGUGCCGACGCGAUGCCCGGGCCGGCCGCCGGCGAAUUUUUCGAAAAAGGGUUCAGCAUGAUGUUUGACAACGGGUUCUUUGUGGAAAAGGGGAUCCUGCCCAAGAUUGGCAAGUACACCGUGGGGAACAGCACGGGAACCAACGGCACGUCCAUCUCGGGCGCGACCAUCGGCAUCGUGGUGGGUGUGGUCGUGGCCGUGGCGGCGCUGGUUCUGGGCGGCGGCAUGUGGAUGAAGAAGCGACACACGAGGAGCAAGAACCCGCCGCGGAAGCAGCCAAACCACAACACGUCACGCCCACGCACGGGAUUGGAGACCAAAGUGUAGGGGUAGUGUACUACGGCUCCGUCUGGAAAUAUAUAUAUAUAUAUAUACGCCAGU